CUGCCUCCCUCCCUCUCUACAGCGUCUUAGAUAGAAGAAGAAGGGUUUUAGACUGUCGCCGCCGUCCUUCAGCGCCACCGUCCGUGAGCGGUGGACUCUCUCUCUCUCUCUCUCUCUCUACCUUGGUGGUCAAUCACGGCGUCUCUUUCUAUUCUUCAAGCUCCAGAGAUUUCAACGAUGGCUACAAGUUUGGACUCACACAGAAAGAUCCUUUUUGAUGGAAAUGAUAUCAAAGAUUCAUUGCCUUCCUUGAACUCACCCGACUACUUCUUGAAGCCAUCCAUGAACGAGCUGGUCCAGCGAGAAAUUGAAAGCCCUGGUUAUUGCAGCCGUGUUCCUGAUUUCACCAUUGGGAGGAUCGGUUACGGUUUUAUCAAGUUUCUUGGAACUACAGAUGUUAGAAACUUGGACCUGGAUCAGGUUGUUAAGUUUCAGAGGCACGAUGUGGUUGUUUAUGAUGAUGAGAGCUCCAAGCCUGCUUUUGGCGAGGGGCUUAACAAGCCUGCUGAGGUCACUCUGAUCGUUAACAUAGCUCGUGGGGAAGAGCGGGCUGGCUUUGUUUCUUAUAAAUUAAAACAGAUUACUGAAAGACAAGGGGCAACUUUCAUCUCGUUUGUUCGUGAGAUGGGUUUCUGGAAGUUUUUGGUUCCUCAUUUCAGCAGAUUUGGGUUGAGUGAUGAUGAGGCAGAAGAUAUUACUAUGGAUGAUGCCCCACGUUUGGAGAAUCAUGUGGCACUGAAUGGUGACAUGGUGGUAGCUGACGUUGACAAAAUGGAAACUUCCGAGUCUGAGCUUUCUCAUUCUCUUCCAGCGCAUCUAGGACUUGAUCCUGGAAAGAUGAAAGAAAUGAGAAUGCUGAUGUUUCCUAGGGAAGAUCUUGACGAAAGUGAGGAGUUUGGAGAUCAAACUUCUUUCCCCAUGACAUCAUUGACUAAACGAAGGGCAAGAACUUCACAGAAACAUUCUCAAAGAGAUACUCAUCAAGAUACUCCACCGGUUGUGCGGAAAACGCCACUUGCUUUGCUGGAGUAUAACCUUGGGAAUGAUAAAAGCUCCCCAGGCAGUAUCCUGAUGGUCCAACAAAAUAAGAACCUGGCAGUCAGAAAGUCGAAGAUGGGAGGUUUCGAGCUGGACAUCAGCCAUGAGACGCCAUUAACUGAUAACUAUUCCCGCAAUGUUGUAGAUGCAGCAUUAUUCAUGGGAAGGUCGUUCCGUGCAGGUUGGGGACCAAAUGGCGUGCUUCUUCACACUGGUAAUCCAAUAGGCAGUUCUAGUUCCCAGAGAGUAUUGUCUUCUGUGAUCAGUGUAGAUAAGAUAGCAAUUGACAAAGUGGUUCGGGAUAAAAAGGAAAAAGUUCAGAAAGAACUUAUUGACUCUGCAUUUGAGACUCCCUUAAGUUUCCACAAGGAAUUGUAUCAUGAAGAAGAAAAAGAAGUCAGGUUUGGCUAUUUUAGUCUUAAACUUCAGAAAGUUGUCACUGAUCGUGUGGUUCUUUCAGAUAUCUGCCGAAACUAUAUUGAUAUAAUCGAGAAACAGCUGGAGUUUCCUGGGUUGUCCACCUCUGCGAAGCUCUUUUUGACUCACCAGGUCAUGGUGUGGGAACUCAUAAAAGUUCUCUUUUCUGAGAGACAGAGUACUUAUGCAGCUUCUGAUAAUGAGGAAGAUAUGAUGCAAGAUGUCAAAGAAGAGUCUGCGGAAGUUGAUACAGAAGCUCUUCCACUUAUCCGAAGAGCAGAAUUCAGUUGCUGGCUCCAAGAAUGUGUCAGUCACCGUGUACAAGAAGACGUGAGUGAUCUAAAUGGUUCUGGCUACCUUAAGCACUUGUUCUUUCUUCUAACGGGACGAGAGCUUGAUUCAGCUGUGGAACUUGCCAUAUCUAAGGGAGAUGUUAGACUUGCUUGUUUGUUGAGCCAGGUUGGUGGAUCAACUGUAAACCGCGAUGAUAUCAUGCAGCAGCUUCACCUUUGGGGAAGGAAUGGGCUGGAUUUUAACUACAUUGAAAAUGAUAGAAUUAAGCUUUACGAAUUGCUUGCUGGUAACAUCCACGAUGCACUACAAGAUUUUGCAAUUGACUGGAAGAGAUUCCUAGGGUUGUUGAUGUGGCAUCAUCUGGCUCCAGACAGUUCCUUGCCUGUCAUCUUCAGAAAUUACCAACUCCUACUAGAUCAGGGAAAGGCUCCGUGGCCAGUCCCAAUAUAUAUUGACGAAGGACUAGCAGAUGGAAAUGUAAGCAACACCAAGCAUUCUGACCUGUUGUAUUAUCUUAUGCUUCUGCACAGCAGAGAAGAGCAAAAAAUUGGUUUUCUGAAGACUAUGUUCAGUGCCUUCUCUUCAACUGACGACCCACUUGACUAUCAUAUGAUCUGGCACCAGCGAGGAAUAUUAGAAGCAGUUGGAGCUUUCACUUCAGAUGACCUCCAUGCUCUCGAUAUGGGAUUUGUUGCACAGCUUCUCUCUCAGGGCCUUUGUCAUUGGGCUAUCUAUGUUGUUCUUCACAUGCCCUACCGCAAAGACCGUCCAUAUCUACACUUCACUGUCAUUCGGGAAAUCCUGUUUCAGUUCUGUGAAACUUGGAGUUCUGUGGAAUCACAGCGGCAAUUUAUCAAGGACUUGGGUAUCCCUUCUGAAUGGAUGCACGAAGCUCUGGCAGUGUAUUACAAUUACCAUGGAGAUUUCGUAAAGGCUCUUGACCACUUUAUCGAAUGCGCUAAUUGGCAAAGAGCUCAUUCCAUUUUUAUGACAUCAGUUGCUCAUUCAUUGUUUUUGUCAGCUAACCACUCAGAAAUAUGGAGAAUUGCUACUUCAAUGGACGACCGCAAGUCUGAGAUUGAAAACUGGGACCUGGGUGCUGGGAUUUACAUGUCAUUUUAUUUACUAAAGAGUUCACUGGAAGAAGAUGCUGAUACAAUGCUAGAACUGGAUUCCCCUGAGAGCAGAAACGAGUCGUGCAGAAGUUUUGUCGGUCGUUUAAACGAGUCAUUGGCUGUUUGGGGUGAUAGAUUACCGGUUGAAGCCAGAGUCGCAUACACAAAGAUGGCAGAGGAAAUCUGCGAGUUGCUUCUAUCAGGUCUGAGUGUGUAUCCUGAUAGAGACUCUCAGCUAAGCUGUUUUAUGACAGCCUUCAAAGCUCCAUUACCAGAAGAUGUAAGAUCAUCUCAUCUGCAAGAUGCUGUCUCUCUCUUCUCUCUAUAUCUCUCAGAGACAGGCCACCAAACAUCAGCUUAGUGACCCAUUCAUUGCUUAUUACUCUUUGAGGAGGAGGGUCUUUGUGUUUACUACUGGUCAGUGGAAGAGAUUCGGUUGACUUUGUCAUCUGUUUAGAAGCGUGAAUGGUUUUGAUUUUGUCAUGUUGUUUUAGAAAAUUCCCAAAUCUUAUAAAUAUUAUUGUUACACUAUCAGGUAAAAAAAAAUAGAUGUAAAAGGGAAAGUCUUUUCUUAGAGAACUGAAAAAAAUGUAGACUUCUCGAUGUUUUUUUUUCACGUGAAAACUCCAAUAUCAUAAAUUGCAAUCCAUAACAGAAUCGAGAAAAGCUAAGAUUAAAGAUAUUGGAGUUUCACUCCCACCAACUCCGGCGCUUCUAUUUCCAACAUCACCUUAUGUAAUCUGUGUGACGCCAUACAGUCUUCCUGUUUGUGGUAUAUAAAAAAACUUAAAAAAAAAUUAAUUUGAUUAUCUAGGUUAUUAAAGUUGAUUUUUUGUCAUACAUCUGUUUAAAACUCUAGAAUUAAGUGUGCUUGGGUAAGUAGUAAAAGGAUGGGUGAUCCAGUGAUUCGUGAUACCGUGCGUGCGAGUAAGACCAAAACACACAAAAAAUCGUAUGAUUGCAAGAUCAGUAAACAAAAUUUUUGGACCUUGCACCGUCAAAUGGGAUGGAGAUCACAGACCAAAUAAACGGGACGUAAAUGAUCCAUUAGCCAUGGACAUCGGGCGUUACAUUCUUACCACCGGACCAAGAAACACCAAUAUUACAUUUCAGAGUAUCGGGUCGCCACUUCUUCUUCCCUUUGCACAAAACUGAAGUUGCUCUUAUCCCAUUCCUAUCCGAUUGAUGCACCUCAAACCACUGUCUAGCGUCUUCGUGAAUCUUAGCAGCAGUCACAUCUGUCUCGGUAUUGUUUUUAAAUGUAGAAUUUUUCUUCGUUAGAAAGUAGAUUAUAAAAGAAAAUUAUUUGAGAUAACACAAAUUUAGAAAUAUCUGAUUAAAAUACACUAUUUAGAAAAUUGGUAAACUGAUAUUAAAAAGGAAAAAGGUAAACUGACAAGGAAAGGAUUUUUAUCAAAAAGAGAAAAGGUAAACUGACAAAGGAAAGGAUUUUUAUCAAAAAGAAAAA